AUGGCUCCUGUGCAAAAUUUUGAGUACUUUUUCCCAUAUUUUCCCUUGCCACCACCACAUUCCCAUUCAACUCCAAAGGUAGCACCACCCCAUAAUUUCCCCUCACCUCCUAAGGUAACACCACCACCACCAUCACAUCAUUCUCCAUCCCCUCCAAAGGUGGCACCACCCCAUAAUUUCCCCUCACCUCCUAAGGAAACACCACCACCACCAUCACAUCAUUCUCCAUCCCCUCCAAAGGUGGCACCACCCCAUAAUUUCCCUCCAUCCCCACCAAAUGUGGCACCACCGCAUCACCCCAUUACACCACCACCACCAUCGUACCCAGCACAGGCACCCCCACCCCCUCCAUUUCAACCACCAGCUCCAGCAGCAAAACCACCAAGUCACCCAAUCCCUCCCCCAUUGCCAAUUGUAGUACCACCACCUCACUCUAUCUCACCACCACCGCCUCCACCGCCUCAUAUUGUUCCUGUUCCACCACCACCAAGUCACCAUUCAACUGUGAUUGUUGUCAUAUUUAUCUCACUUGGUGGUCUUUUCUUUCUUGCAUUCCUCUCGGUCAUUUUAUGCUGCUUCACUAAGAAUAAAAAGAAAAAAAUAGUUCAAGAAACUGAGGUGGUCCGUGUGGAUGAACAUUUAAAACUCCAGGAAGUUAUUUUACCUGGCCCACAUGGUCCACAAGUUGUGGCACUCUCUGUUGAGGAUGAGGUGCAAGUCCACAAAGAGAUCAAGAAAAAUGAAGAAGUCACUGAAGCAUCGCACAUGAAAUCAGCACAAGAUCACCCUGAAGAACAUGAUACAACAGCUGCAACUUUUGGAUCCAGCCAUUACCAUCUUGAGCACUGGUCCUGAUAAAGCUAUUAUCUACAAAAGAGAAGCAGUUAAAUGCUUAUAUGUUCUCAGAUAAUAAUUCUAUUCUAAACUAAAAUGUGAAUUUUUUUAAUGUCAUCCACGUUCAUCAACAGUAAUAUGAUGAGGGAAAAUGCAGUUACACAUUCAUCAACAGUAAUAUGAUGAGGAAAAAUGCAGUUAUCUUCUCUUGCCUGAAAUAUCCAAAACAAAAUGGAAGACUAUUGCAAGGUAAAGGAAAAAAACUAUACUUGUCUGUUAUGAUGUUGAGUGAUAUAUGAAAAAUGCCCUCUUUUCAGCA